AAAAUAUUAUUCGAAUCCGAAUGCAAGAUAGUGGUGGCUCUCGUCAUUUAGUUCAUCAUAAAACGAAUCUUUGUUACCUUGAAACAUUUUGUAUAGGCCUACAUCAUUAUAUUGUGUGCCGCUCCGCAAUUAGUGGGCUUCUAAUGAUAAUAGGAACAGGGCUGCGAGCAGCACUAAAAUUGUCUACUAAAUUGAGACGACACGUCUAGGAUGUUUCCAGGGAUUGAACGCUUUAGGCACAAAUGCACUUUAUUACUGGUUCCAGUUCUCGCCUACAUGGGCCUACGCUGGAAGUUGUUCAUACCAAAUUGUUGGGUUUGGCUGAAACGCCUCUGGAGAUUAAUCAUGCCAAGUGAUCCUAGUCCAGAUUCCCUUCCCAGAGGUGAAGUGGAGAGUCCAGAAUCUAUUUUAAGUGUUAAAGUGGAGGUUCCGGUUCUCAGGUCAUUUGAUGUUGAAGACACCGAUGAGUACUACUGCAUGUACGACUCGACAUGGGAGGAUCAUCCAAACGAAGAAACAAGCGAAAGAAGGACCCAACAUUCAAAGAAGUUUAAGAGAUUCAGAAGUGCAGCAAGGGAUAUGCAAAAGUACAGGCGUGAUUAUCCAGAGCAAAGAUCAAACUUGUACUUUGGCGGGCAACAACAAGAUGAUAUGCCUAAUUUACAGUUCUACCGUGGACACAUACCCUCCUCCCCUGAUGGUGUCUUCAUUGAGGACUUUCACAAUAAAUGGCACAGGAAAUAUUCAAAACUGGAAGAAGUUCACUCAUACAUCCAAUGGUUGUUCCCUCUUCAAGAACCAGGAAUGAAUUAUCAAGCCAAGGAACUCACCAAGAAGGAAAUUAAGGCUUUCCGUGAAGAUGGCACAGCAAAGCAGAGGCUGGUCACGUCCUACAAGCUCAUGCUGGACUUCUACGGCAUAGAGCUGUCAAAUGACAUAACAGGGGAAGUGAAACGUGCAAACAACUGGCGUGAGAGAUUUGACAACCUGGAAAGAAACACACACAACAACCUGCGCAUCACCCGCAUCCUGAAGUGCCUGGGCACUCUGGGGUUCCCCCACUACCAGGCCCCACUGGUCCGCUUCUUCCUAGAGCAGACUCUUGUCAAAGGCAAGCUGUACAAUGUGAAGGAAAGUGCGCUCAACUACUUCAUAUUCGCUGUCAUUGAUAAGCAAAAGCGCAGGAAUUUAGUUAAGUAUGCCUACGCGCACUAUGAGCCGAAACAUGAGUUUGUGUGGUGCCCCAAGACGAUCCAGAGUAUAUUUAGUGAAGAGACAUUCCCAGAUGAUAAAAACCCAAUUGAUCUGAAACUGGUUGCCAUUGAUGACAACACUGCCAGUUAUCAGUCUGUCUCUCACGACGUUAACAAGGAUAAGCCAAUGGAUUGGAGUGGAAUGGCAGGAGAGGUUAGUGACUUAAUGCGAUUGGGGUUGCCAAACGAUGCACGUUUGACUCAUGAUAACGUGUGUGAUCUGUCGACCAGUUGCACUCAGAGAAACAAAGGGACCAGUCAGGGCUCAAAGACUACUGGUGGAAGGAAUCAAAACACCAAUGCUGAUUCAUCCCAUGAGGAUCUACCAGUGAGGCAAAACGAUACUGCUCAAUCCAGUUAUGGAGCUUCUGAAAGUGGUAGCUCUAUAACUACGCCCUACCCUAGUCAGCACCCCACCACUGAUUCUCCGAAGCGAUCAGAUUGUCGACCUAGCAGUGAAGAUUCAGAGAGAAUUACUGAUGAUCAGAGAAAGAGAGCUGCAGAUAAGCCAACAGAGCAUAAACUUCACAAACGUAGCAGAGUUUCAGAGGGAAAGACUAAUACUGAUCAUGAUGUAACAAAAAACAAGGUUGCUGCGGAUAAGCGAGCAGAGAGUGAACCAAGCAGUAUUGUUUUGGAAGGAAAGACUAAUGCCAAUGAUCAUAAGAGUGUGGUAGCUACAGAUAAGAAAGCAGAGAGUGAACCAAGCAGUAUUGUUUUGGAAGGAAAGACUAAUGCCAAUGAUCAUAAGAGUGUGGUAGCUACAGAUAAGAAAGCAGAGAGUGAACCAAGCAGUAUUGUUUUGGAAGGAAAGACUAAUGCCAAUGAUCAGAGUGUGGUAGCUACAGAUAAGAAAGCAGAGAGUGAACCAAGCAGUAUUGUUUUGGAAGGAAAGACUAAUGCCAAUGAUCAUAAGAGUGUGGUAGCUACAGAUAAGAAAGCAGAGAGUGAACCAAGCAGUAUUGUUUUGGAAGGAAAGACUAAUGCCAAUGAUCAUAAGAGUGUGGUAGCUACAGAUAAGAAAGCAGAGAGUGAACCAAGCAGUAUUGUUUUGGAAGGAAAGACUAAUGCCAAUGAUCAUAAGAGUGUGGUAGCUACAGAUAAGAAAGCAGAGAGUGAACCAAGCAGUAUUGUUUUGGAAGGAAAGACUAAUGCCAAUGAUCAUAAGAGUGUGGUAGCUACAGAUAAGAAAGCAGAGAGUGAACCAAGCAGUAUUGUUUUGGAAGGAAAGACUAAUGCCAAUGAUCAUAAGAGUGUGGUAGCUACAGAUAAGAAAGCAGAGAGUGAACCAAGCAGUAUUGUUUUGGAAGGAAAGACUAAUGCCAAUGAUCAUAAGAGUGUGGUAGCUACAGAUAAGAAAGCAGAGAGUGGCAGUGGCGCUAUGGUGGGAAAGACUAACACUGCUGCUGGCAAAAAUAAUGGAGCUGCAGAGAGUGAACCAAUCAAUGAUGUUUCAGAGGGAAUGACUAACGCCAAUGGUCAUGAGAGUACAGAUGCGCAACCAGAGAGGGACAGUGGAGUUUGAGGGAAACACUGACAGCAAAUAUGAUGGUGAUGGGGAGAAUAAGGGAGCUGCAGGUAACCAUUUAGAAAACGAACCAUGCACUAAAGUUUCAGAGGGCAAUAUUAGCACAUUCAGUGAUAGUUCAUCGAAUAAGAAACCUACUGAAGAGGUACUGCCGAGCCCAGCAAAGGAAAAUUAAGAUACCACAUUGAGUGUUUGAAGCAAUAGUGAAGAUUGAUUAGAGUAUUCAGCCAUGUCCUGCACUAAUAAAGGAACAUUUUAUGUAUGCCAUGUAUUCUUAUAAUUUCCAUUCAUAUGAACACAUUUUAAAGUUAAUCAAUUUAUUACAUCUGAUUUCUAAUCACAUGUAUAAUAUAUCAGUGGGUUGUUAUCCACAUUUUUCAAAACAAUACAAAUGUUAUACUAUUAAUUACUGUUUUCAAACCCACAAUGAUUUUAAUAUUAGUGAUUUAUUUUGUAAUAGCAUAUUUUUGGUUUUGGGAAUUUGUUAUUUUGAUUUUUGGGUAAAUGUUCAGCUUUGAAUGAUUAUGCUUGCCUCAAAAGGUAUUUCAAAAUACUUUCUACUGCUUAAAAUAGUUAAAAUGCCUUUAGUGCCUAACCAUAUGUACCACCAGGGGUGCCUAAUGAUUUGCAUUAAUAUGACAACAAAAUGUGAUUUUAAUAAAGAAUAGAUAAACAGAG